GCGCUGUCGCAGCACCUCGGCAAGCCCUUCGUCUUCGACAGGAAGACUGCCCUCGGGGAGCCCGCGACGCCCGAGGGCCGCCUCGCCAACAUUGCAGAUUUCCUGACGGAGUAUUGCGACACGUCGGUGCCUCGAGGUGAGCACCUACGCGUAUUGGUGUUGGAAGAUUUCCACAUCAUCGCGGAUCCACCCUCUCGGCAGUUGGUCAUGCAGGGGUGA